AUGCUAUCCCUUGUCCUGACGGUGCUCUUUGUGCACAUCGCAAUCCACCUGGUCAAUACGAUCGGCGCGAGCACUAUCGACAACCUUCUAUGGCUCCUGUACCUUCGAUUGCCUACGCCAACAGCCCGCAAAGCUCGCAGGCAGCAACAGCUCAAGCGCGAAGUCCUUGAACAAAAGCGCGACAUGAACAGCGUCAGCUCGCAAGACCAGUUCGCGAAAUGGGCGAAGCUGCGCAGACGCCAUGACAAGACCAUGGAGGAAUAUGAGGCGAUAAACAAAGCCCUCAACUCCCAAAAAACCUCAUUCGACUGGAGCGUCAAGAUCGCGCGCUGGCUCAGCACAAACGGACUGAAAAUCUUCCUGCAAUUCUGGUACUCCAAGACCCCGGUCUUUGCCCUCCCUGAAGACUGGUUCCCAUACUAUGUUCAAUGGAUUGUGUCCUUCCCUCGUGCGCCGCUGGGCUCUGUGAGUAUCCAGGUCUGGAGCAGUGUCUGUGCGGCUGCUAUUGCGCUUGUGGCGGAGGUUGUUGGUGCUUUCAUUGCGCAGGUGGUAGGCCGGAAGGAGCCUGUUCCUGUCGGUGCUGAGAGUAAGAAGGCGCAAUGA